AUGUUCACACAAUCAAGAAGCCUGGCCUGCAAGUGCAACAACAUAACAAUAGACGACACUGAAAUAUGCGAAGCUAAGCACACAGGCUUAUCUAAAACAGAACAGCAAGAAAUUUUGGGAAGAAAAACUCCAGUCUAUCAUGUUCCAAUGUAUUCAGUUUCUGUUUUAGACUUUGGAUGCGUUAAACUUACUAAAGUUAAUGAGCAUCAUAUCAUUUUAUCUUGCUACAGCUGCAAGAAAUCUUAUCAUCUUUAUCAAUCAAAUGAUAACCUCUUUAUACAGGUUUCAAAUCAAAUAGACUGCAACGAUGAUACUGUCUUAUCGACAGCUCAAUCUACAGAGGACUUAAUUCCUCAGAGUUUCCUUCCUUUCUUCAAGAGAAUGACAUCGGACGACGAUGACUACAGCCUCUUUGAUGCCAAUGAGGCCAACACUAAUGAUACACCAGCGAAUACAAUUUACGGAGUUGAAGAUGAUGAUUACGAUUUUAUGUUUUCAAACACUUCAAUACCAAUUGUUGGCUCAUACGUUGAGUCAAUGAACUACUUCGUCCCAGAGAUUGACGCUUAA